CGCCUCCUGGAAGAGCGCGCGGAGGGCGCUCCCCGGGUGGAAAGACUCCUCGGGAGGAGUCGAGGGGCCGAGUCUGGGGGCCGCUUCCGCCAGCCCCGUAGGAGGAAAGAGGAGGGGCGGGCUGCUCAGGAGCAGCCUGGGCGGGCCGCCCGCGCUCGACGCAGGCGGGAGGAAGGGAGGGAGCGAGGGGCGAGUGUUGGGGAGCAGCAUGGAGACCUCGGCUGACUCGCUGGCCGCCGCCGCCGCGCGGGGCCGGGCUGACGAGGUACGGGCACUGCUCGAGGCGGGAGCGUCGGCCAACGCGCCGAACCGUUACGGUCGAAGCGCGAUUCAGGUGAUGAUGAUGGGCAGCGCCCGCGUGGCGGAGCUGCUGCUGCUCCACGGCGCGGACCCCAACUGCGCGGACCCCGCCACCCUCACCCGGCCGGUGCACGACGCCGCCCGGGAGGGCUUCCUUGACACGCUGGUGGCCCUGCACCGAGCCGGGGCGCGGCUGGAUGUGCGCGAUGCCUGGGGUCGCCUGCCCGUGGACCUGGCCGAGGAGCGGGGCCACCGCGACGUCGCCGGGUACCUGCACGCGGCCACGGAGAGCACAGAAGGCGGUAGCCACGCCCGCGCAGACUCCGCGGAAGGUCCCGCAGACAGCUCGGACCCAAAGAAUUAUUGAAAUCAUUGGAAUACGAGAAAGAACAUCACUCACGACCACUUCUUCCCAGCUGUCUUAAUGCCAGGUCCCUCCAUUCCAAUAUUCUUGCCUGGAGUACCCUGGCGGGCUACGGUCCAUGGGAUCGCAAAGACUCGGACAAGA